AUGGAGAAGAUGCAACUUGCCUUUCGUAAGGCACAAGGAAUGGAUGAUUACCUUUAUAAUAUGGGAGGAGUAAGUUCAAAGGCUCCUAUUGCAUUGCCUCCCAAGUUCAAGAUCUUCGAUGCAGAAAAGUUUAAUAGGACUGGGGAUCCAAAGCAACACAUAAGAAGAUAUCUAAGCAUUGUUGAAAUGAAAGGGCUAGAUGAGAAGCAAACUUUGCAUGCAUUUCCCUUCUCACUCAUGGGAGGUGCAUCAAGGUGGUAUUGUAGCCUUGAUCCAAGCAAAACUAAGGUGUGGAAUGAGUUAGUGGAGUUGUUUGUGGACCAAUUCAUCUUCAACACCAUGAUUGAUGUGACUUUAAGGGAUUUAGAGACUACCAAGCAAGGUGUGGGGGAGACAUUUUCCAAAUACAUGACUAGAUGGAAGACUAAGGUGUCUAGAAUGGUCAAUAGGCCAAAUGAAAAAGACCAAAUGAACACGAUCAUCAAGAACUUACUUUCGGUUUAUAAUAGUAGGCUUUUGUCAUCAUCUAUUAGCUUAUUUAGAGAACUAUGUGAUUGUGGGACAAGAAUCGAAGAUGCUCUCAACAAUGGACAAUUGGAAAAAGGGGAAAGCAAGCCUCCAACUAAGAAGACAUGGAGGAAGGACCACCACUAA